CUUCACUCAUUGCUCCACUCUGCGAAGCUGUCACCUGCUGGAAUUCGAGUCGUGUACGGGGCCGCUCCCGGUCCCGGUGCCGGUCCCAUCCCGGACCAAACCCGGUCCUAACCCGGUCCCAGCUCGGGCGCAGCCCGCUCCGCUCCGCGCACGAUGCGCUCAGCCGCGCUCCGGCUCUGCCUCCUUCUCCUGCUGCUGCUGUUCGCGAACUUUCAUUUGGGAUCUGCUGCAGCUCUGAAGAAGAGAGCGAACAAGUCAGAUCUCCUGGAGCCGGACCCCUACACCAAGAAGUGUCCUAUGGGCACAUAUUUGGCAAAUGACCCCCUGAGGUGCAUUCGGUGUAAGGAAGAUGAGUACACUGAGUAUCCAAAUGACUUUCCCAAGUGCCUGGGCUGCCGGACAUGUAGGGAAGACCAGGUGGAGGUGAGUCCCUGCAUCACCACCAGGAACACGCAGUGCGCUUGCAAGAACGGCACCUUCUGCUUACCUGACCACCCCUGUGAGAUGUGCCAGAAGUGCCAAACCCGGUGCCCCAAAGGACAAGUGAUGAUAGCUCCGUGCACGCAACACAGCGACCUGCAGUGCGGUCCUCCCUUGGAACCAUCCUCCAGCUUCUCCACGGGCAUCAUUGUCAUCACCGUGAUGCUGCCUGUGGGCCUGGGCUUGCUGCUGGUGUGCUUCUGGAGAUGCUGCCGCAACCACCACGGCGCAGGGGCUGGUGGAGAGCGGAGCAGGAAGCCCAGCAUCGUGGUGCAGGACAGGCUGUUGCGACGGCUGUGGAUUCGGGACAACAUCCGCAAUGAGCAGAUCGACCAGAUCCAGCAGCGGCAGCCGCUCUCCACGGGACAGGGCUCAGAGGUUCCCCACGACGUGGGGCUGGAGGAGGUGGCACGAAGGACCUCAGAUCCCAACGUGGAAGCCUGGAAGAAGCUGGUUCCAGUGCCAGGAAAAGACCCCAUUUCCUGUUUGCAUCACUCUUUCAGAAUCUUCGUCAAAUACGUGCCCUUCCCGGACUGGAAGAGAUUCGGACGAGCCCUCGAUCUGACGGAAAACGAACUUUACCUGGCAGAGCAGAACGACAGAGCCUCGCAGGAGCCCUUCUUCCAGAUGCUCAACACGUGGCUCCACAAACAAGGCAGCAACGCCUCCGUGCACACGCUGCUGGAGACCCUGCUCCGCAUCGACCUCAACGGGGUGGCAGAAAAAGUCGCCUCCGAACUGGUUAAGGAAGAAUAUUUCGAGUACGAAGUGAGCUGAGGGCCACGGCCAGCCCCGAGUCUCCCCAGCUGGAGCUGAAGAUGUGAAUUCCUCUGAGAAGCCUCAAUCUCAGACUUUUUUGACAGUGUUCUCCCGGCUCCUUUCUCCCGGAGCCGUCGCACAGUUUGGCUGAGCCUGGAGGAGUUGAUCCCUUGCUUGGUGGAGCUCUCGGGGUCCUCUCUGCCACACUCAGCGUUGGUGCUGCCUUAUGGAAGCCAAGCAGGUGCCUUGUUUUCAUGUGGCCAACACUAUGAGCUAUUCCAAGCUGCCUUUGAGAUUGUCUCACUUGCAAGCACUGAUUUUUUUAUACAGACCUCG